AUGACUGGUAAAUCUACGGUGUGUAAUGCUGAAUAUGCAAAUCCAAUGGACUUUACAUGGCAUGUGGCAAAAUGUUCAGGAGCAAACCGAUCAAUGAAUGAUAACGAUAAUGGCGCUUGGACUAGAUCUAGAAGUAGGCAAAGCUCAACACCUGGUCCUUCAAGUAUUAUUAAUGAGGUUGAUGUUGAUUACAAUGAUAAUGUUUCUGUCAUGGGCACUGAACAAUCAACAUCUCUGGUAAGAGCAAAUGAGCUGUCAGAAAUCAGUAAACAAGAAUUAGAAAAGUGGAUUGAAGAAUCAGCAAAGGUUCAAACUGGUAAGAAACAAAAAAGAAAAAAUAUUACAAGAAGAAGGAGAAGUUCUGCUAGGAGCCAUAAACAAUACAAAAGUGAUGAAUGCGAUGAUGAAGUGGCUAACCUCAAUUUGUCCAGUGCAAGCAGAACUACUCGAUCAUCAACGCCGUUUCCUGGCCGAAAUUCAUCAAUGUCAGCUGCAGAAAGCUUUAUAUCGAAUCGAGCAACUACACCUUAUUCUCAAAUAUCAGGCAAUAAUAUGGAGAACUGGGAUAGGUUAACAUCUGAUUUUGAAGAUUUUGAUGAGGCUGGUUCUGUUGUUUCUGGAUUUACUGCUGUUUCUGGGUUUACUGCUGGUUCUAGAAAUUCCACUGAUCUGGAAGCUAAAUGCAAUUUUAAUUCUUCUGAAUAUUCAUAUGAAGGUAAUAAAAGUAAAGAAACUAUUUUGACUAACAUAUCAACUUUAUCAUCAAGACCACGUACCAGGAAUGUUACUAGAGCUCUUAAACAGUUGGAACAAGAUUUAAAAUCUGAAAAUUGUUGGAAUUCCAAUUGUAGCAGAACUACUGUAAGUCAAAGUCGAGCAGAUUUUAGUCAGAGAAGAAAUCACUUAAGUCAUAGAAGAAAUAGUUAUGCAAAGAGAAGGAACAGUGUUAGUCGAAUGGGUACACCAAACUCUUAUAGUCAAAUGAGUACCAGUCGCAGCACAAGCCGAAGUAGCAAUAAUUAUAGAAAACUAUAUAGAAGAUCAUAA